UAUAUAUAGGAGAAUGGUGGUAGUGUUAUUUCAACUCAAAACCUAUUUUGCUUUGAAGUAUAAAUCAAAGUUGAGCAAAAACUUUGUCAGUCUUAUUGUUAUAGAAAAUCAAAAAAAGAAAAAGUAAUGGAGUUGCUAGGACGUUAUUGGUGGUGGCCGGUGGUGUUAGUUUUGGUUCAUUUUGGUAUGAAUGGGUGCUUUGGUUGUUGGGAGAAAGAGAGAAUUGCUCUCUUGCAAUUCGAAGCUUCCAUCGUCAACUACGCUAAUGAAUAUUAUUUUCCUCAUUGGGACUCAGUCGACAAAGAGAGUGAUUGCUGUAAGUGGGAAAGAGUCAAGUGCAAUAUCACUACUGGCCGUAUAAUCCAACUUACUCUUAGUAGUAUGAUAUCUUAUUCGAGUGGAGAAAGUAGGGGAGGUUGGUACUUUAAUGCCUCUCUGUUUCUUCCCUUUGAAGACCUCCAAUACCUCGAGUUGGGUGAUAAUUACAUUUGGGGUUGGGUCCCAAAUGAAGGUUUUGAAAGAUUCUCUUUGUUGAAUAAGCUGGAGGUGCUUCACUUGGCUGCUAAUAAUUUCAAUCAUAGCAUUCUGCAAUCCUUAAGUGGUAUUACGUCACUCAAGAAAUUAGAUUUGAGUGGCAACCAUUUGAAUGGACCAAUCCAUAUCAAAGAAUUUAAAGCAUUUAGCAACUUGGAGGAUCUCUACUUGAGAGGCAAUGAGAUCAAUGCCUUUGUGACAACAAGUGAUUCAAUCAUCUUAACUAAGCUGCAACUCCUAGACUUGAGAGCGAAUGAUUUCAGUGCACAAGUUCUUGAGUCAUUAACUGCCUUCCCAUCGUUGAAGACAUUAGAUCUCUCAUAUAACAAUAUAGAGGGAUCGUUUACUACUAAAGGUAAGUUAUACCAUUGACAUCAAGAUGGCAUUGUUU